AUGGGGCCUGCACGUUGCGCAGCCUCAUCUCUGACUCUCUGUGUCGCGCAGUGCAUCCAUAAGUUACCGCGAGUUUAAGUCGAGCGUGAAUCGUCCGAUCAUGUGUCAAAUUUAUGGAUUCGUUUGAAUGGUUCGAGUUCCAAAGCAGUCGCAGAAAUGCCGCAUACAGGUCAAGCCGGAGUGAACCAACUCGGCGGCGUGUUCGUGAACGGGCGACCGCUGCCCGACUGCGUGCGCCAGAAGAUCGUCCAGCUGGCCCUGGUCGGCGUCCGGCCCUGCGACAUAUCCAGGCAGCUGCUCGUCUCGCACGGCUGCGUCUCCAAGAUACUCACGAGGUUCUACGAGACCGGCAGCAUCAGGCCAGGCAGCAUAGGCGGCAGCAAGACCAAGCAAGUGGCAACGCCGAGCGUCGUGAAGAAGAUCCUGCGCAUGAAGCAGGAGCAGCCGACCAUGUUCGCCUGGGAGAUAAGGGAGCAGCUGGUGCGUCAGGGCGCCUGCGACCCCCAGAGCCUGCCCUCGGUCUCGUCCGUCAAUCGGAUACUCAGGGGCGGCGGCCUGCAGACCGACCAGCAGCACCCGUCCCUAGAGCACUCGUCCAUGUCGUCGGCGACCUCCUCUUCCUCGGCGGCGGCCACGGCUUAUCAGGCUCAGAUGCAGGGCAACGUCGUCGUGCAUCAGGCCGCCGCCGCCGCCGCAGCCGCAGCCGCAGCUGCUCAAACUGAAACACUCGUACGAGCGGAUUACCAGUUUUUCUAUCCUGCGAGCGGUGGCCUCGGUCCAUUGAGCGUCUCGUCCGUAGGAAGCGAAGCCGCCACGGCCCAGUCGGCAGCCUGGAACUCUUCCUUUUAUUCGUCGCUCUACCAGGCGCCGCACCUACAUACCCUCCAGAACAUAGCGAGAUCGCUGGAAUCGGAGCGGCUCCACGACAAUCCCGAAUCGUCGCAGUCGCAGGUGCUGCUCGAACUGAAAUCAAGCGCCAGCUCGACCCUCGGCAGCGAGGACUCGCUCGACAAAAGCGACCUCGAGGAGUCGGCCACGAUCCCGGACUCGCUCGCGAACGCUCAGCGUCCCAAGCCUUACCAAAGAAGCCCCAGCCGGACGCCCCAGACGGUCUUGGAGCUCGGCGGCAAGUGUAGCGCCUUUACGCCGACAAACAAGUGUACACCGAAUCGAGACGGGCCGUCCUCGACGUUCAUCAAGGCGUCGUUGCAGCAGCAGCAACAGCAGCGACAAACGCCGCAUCGGCCACAAACGCAGCAACAGCAGCAGCAGCAGCAUCAGCAGCAACAGCAGCAAGCCAAAAAACGAAAUCCGUACUCGAUCGAGGAGCUGCUGAAAAAGGACGACGCGUGCCCCAAGAAGAGGCCGAGACUCGGCGUAGCCGGAGUCGUCCAGCCUUGCGGCAUCGUCGUCGUGGGCAAAACCGAGCUGUGAAUUGUAAAAGUUAAAGCGUCGACGCGCGCCAAUACGUUAUACGAUAAGGAAAAAGGAGCAUGGUGUGCAUCCUCGAGCGAGAGCGCGACAAGCUUAUAGCUUUACGACUGCCAACUGCUGAGCCGCAAUAAAAGCACUUGUUGCCCGGCAAUGUUACACGCGCGCUCGCAAUUCCAGAGGGUGUGAAUACAUGCGCUUUUUAAUAGCUCGUAAAAUAAUAACACUUCCUUUUGCCGAUUCUCCAUUAUAGCGUUAAAUUUUACCCCUUGAUCUCACCGAGGAGAGACGACCAAAUAAUCGCCUUUCCUUUUUUCCAAAGGAGCGAUUUGUAUGAUAUUAGAGCUUAAUCGUUUUUUUUCUCCCUCUCUCUCUCUGUCUCUCUUGCAUUCUCCACUUGUACGAACGACUAUUAUCAACUUGUGGUUGUUCACGUCGUAUGUGUUUUAAGGCUGAUAUGUAAUGUAGAAAAAAAAUCAACACACACGUUUAGAUUGUCGAUAUUGUAGUAUAACACGAUUUUUAGCCAAUAAGUAGGUUGACUGUUAUCCCUAAUGAGCCAUAAUAACUAGAGCCAUUUAUCAUGUACUUAAUUUCUACUUGUAAUUUUCUCUCUCUCUACUUGUGUAUCAUCUCUUGCCGCAGCUGUUGAAAAAUCGUCGCAUGUUGUUUUUCUCUCGUGACGCUUUGAACCAGCCAUUUGAAUGUUAACAA